GUCAUUGAAAUAUUACUCUAUUACACACCGGUGAACAUGCACAAUACUUUUCUUCUUUGUGCUAAUUUAGAACUGUGUUUUAGAGUUGUAAUCACACUUCAAUUCUGAUCAAAGUUUAUUUUGACUGGACACCAACAUCCGAAUUAAAAACAAAGUCCACCCUAUUGGACAUAGGGGUGGGCAUGGUUGGGUUGGGUCGGGUCGGUUUUAAUCCCAACCUGUAACCCAACUGGGCAUAUAGCGGUUAAUGAUUUCUUGUUGUGCUCUUGUACCCAUCACGUAUUACAUAUUGUGUCCAAGAUGAAAGCUGAAGCUGCCCUACGGCUUUCCCUUUUGGCUUUUACCUGUGUAACAAAAAAUAUGCUUCAAAGUCUUUGAAGCAUUUAUAUCUGGAUAGUUGUAUUCUUAAGCCACCUUCUCAAUUUUUUGCUGCAUUCAACUAUUUGAUAACCCUUCGACUGGAAGCUACAUGGGUUGGUGAAUAUUUCAUGCUUUCUUUGCUAUCCAAUUCUCCAUUCCUUCGAGUCUUGCGCUUGAAAAGCUGCACAUUGCCAUCUGAUUUGGAGAUUGUUGGUCCAUCCCUUCACCACCUGGAGGUGAUUGGCUGUCAUUAUUACAAAGGAAAUGUUAUGAUUUCUGCCCCGAAACUCACUGUUUUUGAACAUCGCAACUUAUGGGAGUGGGAGAAUAUAUUGAGAAAGAUAUUCUUCCACGCAUGGGAAGAGAAGAUGAUACCUCCUUCAAUUUCACAUUUCACUGGUUUUGCCCAGCUUGAAAAUCUCAACCUGCGCAUGUCUUCUGGAGAAAUGCCAAGAUUGCCAAGAAACAUAGCACCACUUGGGAAUCUUAAGCAAUUGGAAUUGUCUGUAGAUGAAGGUGAUGCUCUAGGAUGCUCAAAUCUGUUGUGGGUUGUCCUCUUUCUGAAGGAUUCUCCUCUUCUGCAGAAGCUUACAUAUAGGGUGAGUCUGCAUAUUUAAACAUAAAUCUUUGGGUCUAACUACCCAAUUAUUAGUCUGACAAUAUUAACAGCACACUCAUUAUUUACAAUGAAAA